GAUGUGUAAUUAGUGGAUGGUUAAGGAAGAGUGAGAUACGAAGGGUUGAGAUAAGUAGCUUUCGGGAUGGGCAGGGAAACAAUGGAAUGUGGAAAUUAUGAAUUUGACUUCUAAUAACGUUGGCUUCUAAUUGUGCAGAUAGAGAGAAAAUGGGUUUGGAGCUGAGGCUUCAUAGUCCAUGUGGAGGAGAGCCAGCGAUAUAUCAGUGGCCAUUAACAGCUUCGGAUAAGUAUGACAGAGCUACAGAAAUUGUUGAUACUAUUAGAUGGGUUUGUGAAGAUUUCCCUGAAAUUAAACUUGCAAUGGAAAACUAUGUGCUUCAUGACUAUGACACAAAAAGCUAUGAAAGUAUGAAAAAACUCUGUGAUAAAUACAAUAGAGCAAUUGAUGGUGUUGUAAAUUUGGUAAGCAUGCCUUUGUGGAAAGGCACAUCCAGACCUGCCCAACUCCAGACAAAACCUAGCAAUGGCUUGUUGCGUCACAUCCUGCAACAAGUUUAUAAUCAGGCUGUUACUGAUCCCGAGAAGCUGAAUCAGUAUGAACCUUUCUCCCCUGAAGUGUAUGGUGAAACAUCUUUUGAAUUUAUUACCCAGAUGAUUGGAGAAUUAGAUAUCACUGAAGAUGAUAUCUUUAUUGACCUUGGAAGUGGUGUUGGACAAGUUGUUCUUCAAAUGGCAGCUACAACACCAUGUAAGAAAUGUAUUGGAAUAGAAAAAGCUGAUGUGCCUGCAAAGUAUGCUGAGGAGAUGGACAAGACAUUUAGGUUUUGGAUGAAGUGGUAUGGUAAAAGAUAUGGAGAAUAUGUUCUUAUUAAGGGAGAUUUUCUAUCAGAAGAUCACAGAGAAACAUUGUUAAAUUCAACUUUGCUGUUUGUGAAUAAUUUUGCUUUUGGUCCUAAUGUCGAUCAUAUGCUUAAAAUGAGAUUUGCUGAUAUAAAAGAUGAAGCACGAGUAGUUUCAUCUAAAGCAUUUUGCCCUCUAAAUUUUCGAAUAACUGACAGAAAUCUUAGUGAUAUUGGUACCAUCAUGAAUGUGCGAGAAAUAACACCUCUAAAAGGAUCUGUGUCAUGGACAGGGAAACCUGUGUCCUAUUUCUUACACACAAUUGAUCGUACAAAGGUAUUGUAAUGUCUUUUUAAU